AUGAGAACCGUUUUGUUGCUGAUGCUGCUAGUAGCUGGGGGCGAACAAUCCAAGAAAAUUCCGACAAGUGUUGCUGGUCGAGUUUUUGCCCUUGUGUCCCACAUACUUGACAAAGCCAAGGACGGUCUAACUGUCUCAAAGCUCAUUGAAAAUGCCAAACAAGUUGAAGCUUUGUCGAAACAGUUGCCAGGAAAGGUCUCAAAAAGCGAAGUUAAAAAACUUGUGAACGAAAUUUCUAAAGAAAUCGGAGUGAAUCCUGCUGCCUCUUUAGCUUUGGAAGAUAAACUAACAGUGGAUAUAAAGCUCAUCAAUGAUUACCUCAGACUCUGGGACAAGCUCGUCGAGGUUGGAAGAGAAAGUCAAACAUCUGUUCCAUCCGAGGAUAGAUUCGUGAAAGUGGCAGCAAUUGGCUCUAUUUCUGAGAUAAUUCAGAGUCUAUUGAAAGAGCUAGACGAAUCUGUAACAAGCCUCAAGAAAAUAGACAGUACAAAUAGCGAACUGCAAAACAAAGAAGGGAUUAUCAUCUACGAAAAAGGUGGAGAUAAAGACAUUGGGAAAAUGGGAAGUAAUACAGCUCUUGAAAGAAAGAAGAAAUGUUUUUGUCUACUUCUCUGUUUCAGCUGUAAUGGAUGAAAUGUUCUUUUUCCAACAUUGCAAUUCUGUGUAAACACAAACCAAAAGUUUUAUCUUUACAAUAAUAAAACUGUGUGCACUAUUUAC